CUUGGCCUCCGGCCGUUCGGCCGCCGCGGCGCGGCCGCCCGGGCACCCCGCAAUGGCCGCCCUCGCGCGCGCCUCGGUGCUGCUGGCGGCGUUGCUGCCCGACUCCACGAGGGCUGGCGCGCCAGCCGCGGGGGAGCUGCUGGCCGAGAAGGACGGUGGCGAGUGCGCCGCCGCCAUGCGGGUGGAGCUCCUGCAGAGGUCCACCGCCACCGUCGUGCAGGACUCGAGCUCGGGCAGGGGAGCCGCCGGGACCUCCCCCGGCGAGAGCUGCGCCAAGGUCCGGGAGGCCCUCGGCACGACGCAGCAGGCGAUCUUCGCGGACAUGGCCGACGGCGACAAGAAGCUCGUGGCGUUCUCGGGGUCCACGAUGACGAUCACUCCCAGUGGCAGCGACGAGAGCUGGAUCGUGAGCGCCGACCUGGACCUCGAAUUCUGCACCGCCAGCGUCGAUUUCAACGUGCCCGGCAAGCCGAAUCCCCCAUCAGUCGCGCUCCUUGCUACUCUAUGGGGCCAAACGGCGCGGGGACCCACCGGGCAGCUGUGGAAGCUACUCGUCGAGUUCACCGACCCCAGCGGCACUCUGGCAGAUGCAGGCCUCCCCCUCAACCACUGGGUGCAGUUUGGAGCCGCCGCGCCCUGGUCGUGA